AUGUGGGAUUCAUCAAUAUUUUUAAAUACUUUAACACCAAAAUUUUACGUAGCAUUAACAGGAACAUCUUCACUGAUAUCGGGCUUAAUUUUAAUAUUUGAAUGGUGGUAUUUUCGAAAAUAUGGUACAUCGUUUAUUGAACAAAUAUCCAUUCAUCAUUUAAGUCCUUGGCUUGGUGGCGGUGAACCAGGUAUUGAAAACACAAACAACGGUGGAUCAGUUUCAAACAAUUCAAAUACACAGCAAAAUAUACCAGAAUGUAAAGUAUGGCGAAAUCCGUUAAAUUUAUUCCGUGGUGCUGAAUAUCAACGAUUUUAUUGGGCGACAAACAAAGAACCAUUAACAUAUUACGACAUGAAUUUGUCAGCACAAGAUCAUCAAACGUUUUUCACUUGUGAAGGUGACAUUGGUAAACCAGAGUACGAAAUUAUGCAAACAGCAUGGCGAGAACGUAAUCCAGUGGUACGAAUUAAAGCAGCUCAUAGUGCACUUGAUAUUAAUCCCGAAUGUGCACCAGCUUAUAUUCUAUUAGCUGAAGAAGAGGCAACAACUAUUGUUGAAGCUGAGAAAACAUUAAAACAAGCAUUAAAAUAUGCAGAAGCAAAUUAUAGAAAGUCUCAAAACACUCAACAUCAAGGCUCAAUUAUGGAAGCUUUACAUCGUAGAGAUACAAAUGUUUUAAUAUACGUAAAGCGUCGUUUAGCGAUGUGUGCUCGAAAAUUAGGGAAGUUAAAGGAAGCUGUUAAAAUGUUUCGUGAUUUAACGAAAGAAGUUCCACCAAUUAUGAAUGUUUUAAACGUUCAUGAGAAUUUAAUUGAAGCUUUGUUGGAAAUGCAAGCGUAUGCAGAUGUUCAAGCUGUAUUGGGUCGUUAUGACGACGUUAACUUACCAAAAUCCGCAACAAUAUGUUAUACAACAGCGUUAUUAAAAGCUCGAAUCGUUGCUGAUAAAUUUUCACCGGAUAUCGCAAGUCGACGUGGAUUAACAACUGCUGAAAUUGCGGCAGUUGAUGCAAUUCAUCGUGCUGUUGAAUUUAACCCGCAUGUCCCAAAAUAUUUAUUAGAAAUGAAACCAUUAAUCCUACCACCAGAGCAUGUUUUAAAACGUGGCGAUUCGGAAGCAAUUGCAUACGCUUUCGUACAUUUAACACAUUGGAAGCAAAUUGAAGGGGCUUUAAAUCUGUUAAGUUGUACGUGGGAGGGAACUUUUCGUAUGAUACCAUAUCCAUGUGAACGUGGACAAAUUUUUUAUCCAUACGCUAAAUGUACUGAAUGUGCGGAUCGUGAAUUGUUACCAAGUUUUCAUGAAGUGUCUGUCUAUCCAAAAAAAGAAUUACCAUUUUUUAUUCUAUUUACAGCUGGUUUGUGUUCAUUUACAGCGUUAUUAGCAUUGUUAACACAUCAGUAUCCAGAUUUAAUGUCUGUGUUUGCGAAAUCAUUAAUGAGUUGGCUAUCAUUACCAAUUUAUUAUGUUUUUGAAAAAUUAGAUGCCAUUUUACCUGCUAAUCUACUGCAACAACUUUCUCGAAUUUAA